AUCGACCACUGUGAAGUUCGCUCAGUUUGCUUGCAAAAUGAAAACUUAAUACAACAAAAUUGUAAACAGUUUAAUUUAGUGUAAAACAAUUUUAAUAAGCAUCCAAAAUGAACGUCAUAUCGGCAAUUAAGGCCUAUAUAGUCAAAAUGACCAGCGAGAGCGAACCGGGCAUGAAAGUGCUGCUAAUGGACAAAGACACAACAAGUGUUAUCAGUAUGGUCUAUGGGCAAUCAGAAAUUCAACAAAAAGAGGUAUUUUUACUAGAGCGAAUAGACUCUCCCAGCUUCGCAAACUCGACAGGUCUUCGUUACUUGAAGUGCUUAGCCUUCCUGAGACCGACUCAACAGAAUAUCAGUGCUCUAUGUGCAGAACUUCGAAACCCUAAGUAUGGUGCUUACUAUGUCUACUUUAGUAAUAUAAUAGCUAAAGCUGAUAUCAAAAUUCUUGCCGAGCAUGACGAACACGAGGUGGUUAAAGAAGUCCAAGAGCUUUACAUGGAUUAUUUGGCUGUCAAUCCACAUCUGUUUUCACUUGGUUUAAACGCUGCUUUGACUUCACUCAGUUGGAAUCCAAGUGCUUUACAAAUAAGCGUCCAAGGCAUUAUUUCUGUAUUACUGUCUCUUAAGAAAUGUCCAGUGAUUAGGUAUCAAGCAAACUCAAAUGUUUGUAAAGAUUUGGGCUCAAGAAUAGACGAGGUUAUAAAUAAGGAAUCUUCGCUGUUUGCUUUCAACCAGAUCAAUAGCUCUUUAUUACUUAUUUUAGAUCGUAGAGAUGAUCCUAUCACACCUUUACUAAACCAGUGGACUUAUCAAGCAAUGGUGCACGAAUUAUUAACAAUAUACAACAACAGAGUUAAUUUGUCCAAUGUGCCAGGUGUUGCAAAAGAACUGUCAGAAGUGGUUUUAUCAGUUGAACAAGACACUUUUUACGCCAAAAAUGUAUUUAUGAACUAUGGUGAAAUCGGUACAAAUAUAAAACAGUUGAUGGAUCAAUUCCAGGCAAAAGCUAAAAGUCACCAGAAAAUAGAAAGUAUAGCCGACAUGAAAAACUUUGUAGAAUCAUAUCCACAGUUUAAGAAACUGUCUGGUAAUGUCACUAAACAUGUAACAGUUGUUGGAGAACUGAGCUCAAUGGUGAACAAGUAUCAUUUGUUGGAUGUUUCUGAAAUCGAACAAGAAAUAUCUUCGCAAAAUAACGAUUACUAUGCUCAUUUACAGAGUAUUAAAAAAUUAUUGACUAACGAUAAAAUUAGAAAUACUGACGCUGUCAAAUUAGUGAUGAUGUAUGCCUUAAGAUACCAAAAUCACAACAAUAAUGACAUUACAGGAUUAGUAGAUUUACUCAAAAAGAGAAAUGUGCCUGACAAGUUGCUGAGGAAUAUUGUUAAUAUUAUAGAAUAUGCAGGAUCACAUGCUAGACAAAGCGAUUUAUUCAAUGUAGAAAAUGCUGUUAAAAUCACUAAAAGGUUUAUCAAAGGCUUAAGUGGAGUGGACAACGUUUACACCCAACACAAACCACUCCUACAUGAAACAUUGGAAGAUCUAGUUAAGGGCAGGCUUAAGGAACAGUUGUAUCCUUAUCUUGGCAGUCAUGGAAGCAAUGGUAGACCACAAGACAUCAUUGUUUUUAUUGUAGGUGGUGCUACUUACGAGGAGUCAUUAACAGUGCAUUCCAUAAACAGAAACUAUCCAAAUUUUAAUGUGCUACUGGGAGGUACUACUAUCCACAACUCUACGAGCUUUUUGGAGGAAGUCGAACAAGCUACUAAAAACUGUCCUAGAAGACAUACAAGAAACAUAAGAAAUAUCCAUUUUGAAUAAAAUUUACAUUCCUUUAUAUAUAUACUAUCCAAAGAUGUGUAAUUAAAUAUUUAUUGUUAAAUUAUACUAAGUAUAUUUACUGUUAAUUUAGAAUUAAAAUCUAUUACAAGCAA